AUGAAUGUUCUUUGUGGUAAUCAUAAAAACCUCAACAUAAUCAACAAUAUAUUUAAACGAAGAUUUUCAACAACAUUAACCAUACCGAAUUCAGAACAAGAAUCAUCUGAUUCAUUACAGAUCGAUGAUAAUGAAAUAGAAUUAUCGGAAAAAGAAAUUCAAUUAGUACGUGAUACAUGGACAGUAUUACGUAAGGAUUUAGCUGGUUUUAAAUUUUUAGGUGCCGAACUUUUAGUAAGAUUUUUUACCAAAUAUCCUGAUUAUCAACAAAAAUUCAAAUCAUUCAAAGAUAUUCCAAUAAAUUUUCAACAAAAUCAUUCAAUACGUAUUGAUAAAAAAUUAAUGGCACAUGGUACAUAUGUAAUGUAUACUAUUGGUAUGUUGGUUGAUAAUCUGGAAAAACCGGAUAUUAUGAUACAAAUGUUAAAACGUUUAGCACGUAAUCAUUAUCGUCGUCGUAUUAGUUUGAAAGCAUUUGAACAACUUCGUGAUACAUUAUUGGAACAUUUAUUGGAUUUACUUGGUCAACAAAUAUUUAAUAAAAAAACAAUGAUUGCAUGGCGUAAAGCAUUCGGAUAUUUAUUGAGAGAAAUUGAAAAAAAUUUUAAACUAUUAGAAUCAGAUAUUGAACGUUCAGGAAGUUAUUAUCGAUUAAAUUCAUUACAUGAUAAUGCUAAACAUGAAAUGAUGCAAGAUUAUCGACGUAAUUGUUUAUUUGAUUAUCAAUUACGUUUACGAAAACGUAGUGAACAAUAUAAUUCAACAUUACGAACAAAUCAAUUGAUGAAUAAUUUGAAAUAUUCGACAAUGUUAAAUGAAUCAUUGAUCAACAAACAAAAGUAUAGUGAUUCUGAAAUCGAUCAGCCAAAAAUUAUUGUAAAUCAACAACCUAAUUCAUUGAUAAUUCAACCAGUAUUACACCAGUCUAUGAUAUCAUCAUCAUCAUCUUCAAAUCAUCCAUCUCAGCCAUCGAAUCAAAUUCAACAAACAUCUAUUCCAACAUCAUCAACAUCUUCACCUGUUACACAGACAAUAAAUAUUUUGCCAACAACAAUAAACGAUCGAAAUACACAUAAAAUACAGAAAAAACCGGAUAAAUCGAAAAAUUUUCUAUGGAAACUUUUAGCAAAUUUACGAAAAAAAUUCUAA